AUGCCAUCCCCAGCUGCAGGCAGAUCGGGUGUUGUUCCGGAAACACCAACAAAGAGUGGCAAGAACCCUCUUUCAUCAUCCGCCUCCAAGCUUACAGGCGGAGAUGCUCCUAAAGCCGCUACGCCAGGCCGAAAACCUCCCAAGCUAGGCGCUUCGAAAGCGACCCCAAAGAAAUCAGAAGACUCACCUAGGCUUCCCCCUCGACCAAAGGCUGCCGAAGAUGUCACUGAAAAGGCCGAGGAAGCUGAGGAGGAAGCUCAACAGAGAAUCAGCAUGAAAGAUACUGAAGAGCCCGGCGGCAAAGUCAGUCAACCAGGUCACGACGCAGGUGCCAAAAAUACUUCGCUCGCCAAUGUCAGCGAAUUUUCUGAAGCGAACCCCGAAUCCGUACCCGAUAGUGAAGAGGACGAGACAGUUGGCGGUGUCAAUGAUGCCGCCAAAGGCAAAGGUGCCGAAGAAGGCGAAGAAACCGAGGAAGCUCCUGGGGAAGGGGAAGACGCUGCCGAAGAAGCGGAAGACGAGGCAGAGGGUAAAGGAUCUGGAGCCCUGGGGGGACUCAAAUCAACAGCAGGUGGGCUCACCGGCAGGGGAAAGAAGCUUGCCGGCCGUGUCGGGGGCACCAAGGACAUCGUAACUGGCGCUGCUGGUAAGGUCUCACAGGGCGAUGUCCAAGGGGCUGCUAAAGACACUGCAAAUAAGACUGCCAACAAUGCGAAGGAGGCCGCCGAAGGUGUCACAGAUCCACUACCCGUCGACCUUUCUCUUAAAGGCCUUAAAGUUAGUGAAAAUGGUGACAUUCUCGACAAGGCUGGAAACCCAAUUGGCAAGCUCGAGGAAGGCGAUCCAGCUGAUCUAGAAGGCUACGAAAUCGGCGACGACGGUGAAAUCCUCGACGAAGACGGCGACGUUGUCGGUCGUGCGACCCUGGCCCCCGAAGUGGCACAACACCUUGCUGGUCAGACCAAAGACAAGAUCGGCGAGACUGCUGAAGGCGCCGGCGACGCUGUCAAUGGUAUCAAGCAGGGUGCAGGAGAGGUGGUCCAAACAUACCUGCCGGAUAUCAAUGUCCUCGAAGGGCUCGAAGUUCAAGAGAAUGGAGAUAUCCUGGACCAGGAAGGACAUGUACUUGGUAGAAUCACAGAAGGCGACCCAAGAGAUUUGGUCGGCAUGACAUUGAACGCCGAUGGCGAAAUCCUUGAUGAGGAUGGUGAUGUCGUCGGUCGCGCAGAGACUCUUCCUCGGCAAGUCAAACAGGCUGUCAAAGAUGCCGCCGGAGGAUUUCCUGGUCUUGAUGCCCUUGAGGGGCUUGAGGUACAAGGAGAUGGUGCCAUCAAGGAUGCUGCCGGUAAUGUACUGGGCAAGAUCACGGAAGGAGAUCCAGCCGAUCUUGUUGGCAGAACUCUUAACGCCGAAGGGGAAGUUCUGGACGAAGAUGGUGAUGUGAUCGGGCGUGCUAAAGUUCUCCCGAGGGCCACGGAAGCCCUGGAGGGUGUCAACGGAGCUCAUCCAGAAACUGUCCAAGAGCCACUCGACAGGGUUGAAGAUAUUCAAGAACAAUUGAAACCCAAUCUCACCGUCGUCGACGGGCGCAAACUCAACAAGAAAGGCAAUAUCAUCGAUGACGAAGGAGAAGUCCUGGCCACACUCGUUGAAGGCGAUCCCAAGGCAUGUGCCGGCAAGACCCCUAACGACAAUGGCAAAAUUCUUGACAAAGAUGGCAAUGUCAUUGGCCGCGUCGAAGUCGUCAUGGGUGAAGCUGCAGAGGAAGCAAUGAAGGAACUCCAUCCUCAACUUGUUGAACAACUCGGAGAAGCACAGCACGCCCUUGAAGAUGGAGAGAAACAGGCUAAGGAAGCGGGCGAUGCUGUCGACAAGGUCGGCGUUCCUGACUUCUCUCAAUUAGAAGGUCUCAAAGUCAACAAGAAGGGAGGAGUUGUCAACGAAGAUGGCGAUCCAAUUGCCAAGCUGGCCGACGGCUUCGACCUCGAGGCUGUGCGAGGCAAGAAAAUCAGUGACCAAGGUGAAAUCCUCGAUAAGGAUGGAAACCUCAUCGGCAAAGUCGAGUUUCUCCCAGGAGCUGUUGAAGAAGGCCUUGUUGAGGUUCGAGAGGCUGUCCCAGACCUUCCAGACACUUCCAUCUUGGAGGGCCUCAAGGUCAAUAAGAAGGGGAUGGUCCUCAAUGAGGAUGGUGACCCAAUCGCCCAACUGACUGAAGGCGAUCUUGCCGCCGUCGCUGGCAAAAAGUUGAAUGACAAAGGUGAGGUCUGGGACAAGGAUGGAAAUGUCAUUGGCCAGGUCGAAAUGAUUCUCCAGGAAGCCGAAGAACAAGUGGGAGAGGCAGUUGAAGGCCUCGGUGAUGGCCUGCCUCCGUUGUCUAUCCUCGAAGGACUCAAGGUCAACAAAGCCGGCAAGAUUGUUGACCAAGAUGGAAACGUCGUCGGUGAACUUGUUGAAGGGGACGCUAAGAAGAUCUGGAAAUUUGGUGUCACUUGUGACGAUCAAGGACAAUUCUGGGACAGCAAAGGCCAUGUCAUCGGACGAGCCCAGACCCUGCCACAAGAGGACAACGAAGAAGAGACUGAGUUUGCCGGCCUGGGAGGUCUCACCGUGGUUCCGGACAGGUGGGUUGAAGAUGAAAAUGGCAUUAAAGUCGGACGCAUUGUUGAAGGCGAUCCUAAGAAACUCGUUGGCCGUGCAGUGGAUGAAGAUGGUGAUAUCAUCGAUAAACGAGGCAAUGUCGUCGGCCAUGCCGAGAGAUACGAGGAGCCUGAAGCCGAACCCGAGCCAGAACCAGAGGAGAUUGAUCUCUCUGAAUUGAGAGGCCUCAAAGCGAACAAGCAAGGCAAUGUCAUCGGACCUGACGGCGUUCCAAUUGGCCGUCUUGUCGAAGGAAACCCCAAGGAACUUGCAAGUCGUCCUAUUGACGAAAGAGGCCAGAUCUGGAAUGAUCGAGGUGAAGUUGUCGGUCGAUGUGAACUGAUUCCGCCGUAUGAACGUGAGGCGAAACCAGAGGGACCUUUUGCAGGCCUUGAAGGCGUCGUCGUUGUCAAAGAGGGCCUUGUUGAAGAUGCUGAAGGCAAUGUUGUCGGUGGAGUCGUCGAAGGUGAUUGGAAGAAACUCAUCGGACGUGCUGUCGAUGAAGAUGGCGAUAUUCUUGACAAAUAUGGCAAUGUCAAAGGUCACUGUGAACCUUACGAGGUCCCGGAAGAAGUCGUCGAGGAAGAAGAUCUGUCCAGCCUCGCAGGUAAGACCGUCAACAAAAUGGGAAAGAUUGUUGAUGAGCACGGAACCAUCUUCGGUGAAGUUGCCGAUGGUGAUGUCAAACGUCUCGUUCGAUGUAAGGUUGAUGGUCAGGGUCAAAUCUGGAGUAAUGAUGGCAAAGUCAUUGGUCAUGGACGACUUAUCCAAGGUGGUGAUGAUGGCCGUGCUGAAGGACCAUUCUCUAACUUCGACUCUACCAUGGUGGGGAAAGACGGCACAGUCAAGGACGCCAGCGGAGAGAUCAUCGGCCGUGUCGUCGAAGGUGAUCCUAAGAGGCUGGUUGGACGACAUGUCGAUGAUGAUGGCGACAUCAUCGACAAGAAUGGCAAUGUUGUUGGCAGAGCUGAACGAUGGGAACCAGAGGUCAAAGAACGUGAAAUUUCUCCCAUGGCGGGACUGCGUGUCAACAAGGAAGGAGAAAUCCGUGACCGCAAUGGAGAUGUCAUUGGUAAGCUGACCGAUGGAAACUUGCUCGCGUGUAUCGGCAAAGAAAUCAAUGACAAUGGCUAUGUCGUCGAUCAAGAUGGAAAUAAGAUUGGAGAAUGUACUCUCCUGGAGAACAUCCCUGAAGCAGUUGAAGAAGGUCCAACCCCCGAACAAUUGAAGGAAGACGAGGAACGCGAGAUUGCCAAGAAGAUCUCCAACAUCAUCAAUCAGACGCUCGAAAAGAUGGACCCUAUCUGCAAACAGAUCACAGAGCACAUCGAACGAGCCGACCGCACACCUCGCGACGAACUUGACGAAGAACAACUGGUACAGAACGUCAAGCCUCUUAUUGAAGAAGGCAGUCGCGUCUUAGGAGAAUGCAACGGCGCAAUCCGUGGCCUCGAUCCCGACGGACAUAUCGCUGCUAACGCCAAAGCACGCACGGCUUCCGGCGAGGCGAGCCCCGAGGAAUAUCGCGUUGCCGAAGGCCUCAAAGAACUCACGACGCAGGUAGUCAAGACCAUCGACAACGCAAAGAAACGCAUCGCAGACAUGCCUCAUGCCAAGAAGAAGUUGAACCCUCUCUGGGCCUUGCUCACAGAGCCACUCUUCCAGAUCAUCGCCGCCGUCGGACUCUUGUUGUCUGGUGUCUUGGGCCUCGUGGGCAAAUUGCUCAACGGCCUUGGCCUGGGCGGUCUCGUCAACGGUAUCCUCGGCGGCCUCGGAGUGGAUAAAUUACUCGGUGGUCUCGGACUGGGUAGUAUCGUCGAGAGUCUGGGUCUCGGAAGUGGCAAGAGGAAGUAG